AUGCGCGCCAGUCCGUCCGAUGGCCGACGAAAAUGCGCGCCAGUCCGUCAGAUGGCCGACGAAAAUGCGCGCCAGUCCGUCCGAUGGCCGACGGUUCCGACCGCUCGGGCGUGGAAAAUCGGGAAACGACCGACCGAAAAUCGAAUCCGACCGGUGAAAUGCGUUUUGGCCGAGAAAUCAUGCACGCCAGUCCGUCCGAUGGCCGACGGUUCCGACCGUACGGUCGACCAAAUAUUUUUUUCUCGAUCUUUUCAGUUCUGGCCACUCUGGAAACCUUCCAAUCACGAUUUUGGCAGGUUUGAAUGUGGAAACUCGACAAAUGAUCGACCAUUUUUCAAAUCCGAACGGUCCCUUAGUUUUUCUCCGCCGAGAGAACCAUGCCCGCCAGUCAACGGACGGUGGUGCACCACCGAUCCCACGAUCGCAACCCUUCCCAUCCCGCUGUACGACAUCCCAAGACCAGCCCAUUAA